GCCGGCUUGGCAGACAAUCGUAAAGCUGCUCCGGACCGCUCACCUGCUCCCGCCUCCUGCAGCCCCGACCCGUCCAGGUCAUCCCUGCCCCCUCUAUCUCCCGCCCCGCCCAAGCCUGCUCGGGCAGGGAGCAGAGAAGGCCGAGAGGAUGCGACCCGCGGCGGCUGUCUGGAGCAGCGCACCGUGAUCGCCUCCCCCGAGGAGGAGGCGCCUAGACCGUUGCCUCGUUUGUUGUUUUCCUCCCCCCACACACCCGUAAUUACAUUGGCUGCUGGAAGGGACCUGGAGAGACAGAGGAGGCGCCUGGCUUCUUCCUCACGCCCGCCACCCCUGCUCUUUCCCAUCCCGGGCCAGGAUGACUGGAGUCUUUGACAGUCUGGUGGCUGAUAUGCACUCAACCCAGAUCACGGCCUCCAGCACUUACCACCAGCACCAGCAGCCCCCGAGCGGUGGUGGCGCCGGCCCCGGUGGCGGCAACGGCGGCAGCAGUCUGCACAAGCCCCAGGAGUCGCCGACCCUUCCAGUGUCCACGGCCACCGACAGCAGCUACUACACCAACCAGCAGCACCCCGCGGGAGGCGGCGGCGGGGGGGCCUCGCCCUACACGCACAUGGGCUCCUACCAGUACCACGCCAGCGGCCUCAACAACGUCCCUUACUCCGCCAAGAGCAGCUACGACCUUGGCUACACGGCUGCCUACACCUCCUAUGCGCCCUAUGGGACCAGUUCGUCUCCAGCCAACAACGAGCCGGAGAAGGAAGACCUCGAGCCUGAAAUCCGGAUAGUGAACGGGAAGCCAAAGAAAGUUCGGAAACCCCGCACCAUCUAUUCCAGUUUCCAGCUGGCGGCUCUUCAACGGCGCUUCCAAAAGACUCAGUACCUGGCGCUGCCGGAGCGAGCCGAGCUGGCGGCGUCUCUAGGCCUCACCCAGACUCAGGUUAAAAUCUGGUUUCAAAACCGCCGAUCCAAAUUCAAGAAGAUGUGGAAGAGCGGCGAGAUUCCCUCUGAGCAGCACCCUGGGGCCAGCGCUUCGCCACCUUGUGCCUCGCCACCUGUCUCGGCGCCAGCCUCCUGGGACUUCGGCGGGCCUCCGCGGAUGGGGGGCGGCGGCGGCCCGGCCAGCGGAGGCAGCGGCGCGGGCAGCUCUGGCUCCAGCCCGAGCAGCGCGGCGUCGGCUUUUCUGGGCAACUACCCGUGGUACCACCAGGCCUCGGGUUCCGCCUCGCACCUGCAGGCCACCGCGCCACUGCUGCACCCUACGCAGACCCCGCAGCCUCACCACCAUCAUCACCAUCACCACGGUGGAGGGGGUGCGCCCGUGAGCGCAGGGACGAUUUUCUAACCCCCAGCCUGCGCCUCCAAGACUAAGCAAAAACCCGCGAGCGAGGCGCUCGCCCCCACCGCAGGGGGGGGGUCCUCCCUGCUCCCGUGGCUGCACCCAGCAGUGCGGGAGGGUGCAGUCUGGGACCGCCCGGCCCAGCAGCCGGAAACGGGACCCUCGCCCCGCGGGCUCUUCUCAGGAGAAGCGGACAGCUGCUCGGCGAAGGCCGUCACCAAGGCCGCAUUUCUGACCUGAGCCUCGAGCCUCGGCCUCUUCGAGCUCCGCCUGGGACUCGCUCCCCGCCUGUCCCCGCCCGGCGAGGUCGUCAGGCGCCUCCGUCGCCUGGGGCCUCGAGCUGAGCCCGGAGAGGGACGCGGCCCCGCCCGCGAGGUUCCCGGGCUCUGAGACUCCUUUCUCUUCGCUCGCCCCCGGCUCAGCUCCGGCGCGCUUCGGUUAUUGACCUCCCGGGGUCCCGCCAGCCCGCCCUCCCCCUCGUGCCCCCUUGACCCGGGGCCCCAAGGCUUUUUUUUUUCCUGCUCAGUUCCCAGACCUCGUCUCCCCCCUCCAUCCUUCCCUGCCUUAGCGAUCCCCAGGAGCACUCUUCCCCUCAGCUAUCCUCAUCCAUCACAGUGGAGUUUUAUUUUAUUUUUAUUUUUUUAAAAGUUUAGGUGCCUUUGCGGAUGACCUCAUUUUGAUGUUGGGAAAAAUGAUUUUUAAUAUGUGGACACUGCAAAAAAAUGUGUUUAAAUUAUCUUUUUUAAAAUUUAUUCAGGAUUAUUAGCCUGGACUCUGACACAGUUUGUAAAUAAAGGUGUCUGUGAAGAUUUUCCCACUGAUUUAUUUGUAUAAAAAUGCUCACCUUUUCAGACAUUUUUGUAAACCCCCAGUUGUGAAAACUGCGGUUGAGCAGUGACCUCAGCAGCCCCUCCAUUUUAUUUUUCCCUUUGAAAAAAUUUCUCAGUUAAAUUAAGCUACUGAUUUGAAUUUAUCUUAUCCGAAAGUCUUUGUUCUUAAAAUGCAAGGUAUUUUGAGGUUAUUUAUUAUGAAAACAACAUGCUCUUAAUGUUGAUUUUACAAUAUGAAGAGAUUAUUUAAAUAAAUUAUUGUUUUCAUUGGA